ACAGAAGAGCAAAAAUACUAUUAAACCAUGUACAUGUAACUACACGGUUAAAAAUUCUCAGCCUGGUAAGGCUUAACAAUGCUGUUGCUAACGACACUAAGGCUAAUUUAGCAACUUAGCAACCGGAACUCACAGAACUAUGUACUCUCUCCUUUUUCUAUUGUGUAUCACGGAUUUGUAUUUUAAACCACCUCGGAUACUAUAUCCUCUUGAAAAUGAGAGUCGAGCACGCGAAAUGGACAUUUAAAGUGACUUUUAUCUCCAAGACAAUACAUCGGUGACACACUUAGCUACUGAGCUAACGUGCUAGCAUCGUUCUCAAAUGAAGAUAGAAACAAAAUAAAUAAACCCCUGACUGGAAGGAUAGACAGAAGAGCAAAAAUACUAUUAAACCAUGUACAUGUAACCACACGGUUAAAAAUUCUCAGCCUGGUAAGGCUUAACAAUGCUGUUGCUAACGACACUAAGGCUAAUUUAGCAACUUAGCAGCCGGAACUCACAGAACUAUGAUAAAACAUUAGCGCUCCACCUACGCCAGACAGCCCUCAUCUUCCCAUCAACAGCCGUGCUCACCUGCAAUCCAGCGAUCAACGGCGCGACGAAGGACUUCAUCCGUGGGUUUGGCGGCAAGCAUCAGCUAGGCGUCUUCUAUCAGGAUGAUAGAGACAAAGGACCAAUCCGAGUACUGCUUUCCACAACUCCUCAACAUAUCCUGCAGGAAGGAAACGUCUCAUUGGUCUGAAGGUGUUCGUUGGAGUGUUCUGUUGUACAUCCUCUGCAUCUUCACAGUGGUUCUCAACCUGCUGGUCAUCAUCUCAAUCUCCCAUUUCAGGCAGCUCCACACUCCCACCAACUUCCUUCUUCUGUCUCUGGCUGUCUGCGACUUUCUGGUGGGCCUUCUGGGGAUCCCGCGAGGAAUCCUGCAACAAACAUCCUGUUGGCCUUUUGGUGACGUUUUUUGUUCUCUGUAUAAUUUAUUGUCCUUCAUAGCAACUUCUGCCUCAGUUGGAAACAUGGUGCUGAUAUCAGCGGACCGUUAUGUUGCUAUUUGUGAUCCUCUGCGUUAUAACACCAAAGUCAGUGUAAAAAGAGUUCAACUUUGUGUCUGUCUCUGUUGGUUCUUUGCUCUCCUCUACAACAGCAUCAUUUUGAAAGAUCAAAUGGCUCAUCCUGGAAAGUAUCAGUCCUGCUAUGGAGAGUGCGCUGUUAUUAUUGACAACAAUGCAGUAAUUAUUGAUGUCGUUGUGACCUUCAUCCUUCCUUUCAGCAUCAUCUUCACUCUGUACAUGAGAGUGUUUGUGGUUGCUUUGUCUCAGGCCCGAGCCAUGCGCUCUCAUGUUACAUCAGUCAAAGUACAGCAUUUUGUUACAGUGAGAGUAAAGAAGUCAGAGUUGAAGGCAGCCAGGACUCUUGGUGUCCUUGUCCUUGUCUUCCUAAUGUGUCUCUGCCCAUUUUACAUUGCCCAUUUGGGAGCCGACACAAAAUCUAUGCAUUAUUUUGCAAAAUACGGUCCAUUACUAUUUGACUUCAACUCCUUUUUAAACCCUUUGAUAUAUACCUUGUUUUAUUCUUGGUAUAGAAGAGCCAUAAGACGCAUUGUCACUCUGCACAUACUGCAGCCUGGCUCCAGGCAGAGCAACGUACUGUAAAAUCAACGAUUGACACAUAAACACAUUAAUCAGUUAACCAGUCGUUUAAUUUCAUUCAGCAGUGUUUAGGCCAACAUCAUUGUAUGCACUCGGCACAUUUUUAAGUCAAAGGAAAUGUAUUUUGCUGAUUUUUGUUUUCUGGAAAGUGACAACAGACUGUUAGCAUUUGUGAUUGUAAUUUUAAAAAUAUUCAAAUACUGUUUUUUAGAUUAUUUAGAGCAAGCACACACUUGUGCACAGUUAUAAAGGAGUGUGCACAUUCUAGAGCAAUCCUUUCAGAACAAUAUGUACAUCGUAAUAGGUGUGAAUACUUGUGAAUAUCAGGAAUAUACAAUAAAUCUAACACUGAAUGUUGUGUGCAUAAUUGAAUUUAAUAAUCUUAUCAUCAAAUGUACUUGCAGUCUGGAUCUUUACAACAAAUAUAAGACACAAAAAAUCAAGCACAUUUAAAUAUUAGAAGAAGACGUGAACUUUAACAGGAUAACUUCAUUUUCUUGGCUCUAAUCAUAUUCCCUAUAUCCAGUAUAUAUACACACUGUUUGUCUAGGGCUUUAUUGCAAAGUGUACAAAUAAGUCACAUUUUUCAGACCAUCAUGUACUGUAUCUUUAGAUGCAAUGUGCUUGGUUUUUUUGUUACUUAUUGAGAUAUGUUUGUUUUUAUUAGUUUAUGUACAGUGUACAAUACAUUAUUCACAAGGAAUCCAUCUGUAGUCUUUAAUUUGACAACACUUACAU